AUGCGCAACAGCCAGCGCGCCUCUUCACCCUCGGCAUCUGUCGCUGCUGGCGGUGAAUCCUUCAUGGACCCCGAGAGUGACUACCACAGUGAAGAUGAUAAGGAUCAAGACAUAUUCUCUGCCAACGGCGCUGGCACAAAGCGCAAGCGUCCCAUCUCAGUCUCCCGUAAUGGUGCCACCUGCGAAUACAAGGAGCGGAGAAAGCCUGGGCUUAGGGCAGGCUAUGGAAGGGAGCUCGAGAAACGUUUGGAUAAGCUCGAGGAGAUUCUCAAGUCACACUCUGAGAUCCUGCAUUCCACAACAAGCUCUAUCAACCAGCCGAUCCAGCAAGCCCACAGCGUGCGGAACAGCAACUCAAGUCUUCCAAGUGACCAGGGUACGCCACGCGAUGCUGCCCCCGUAUUCAGGCCGUCCGAUCACAUACGCACUCCCCAGGCCGAGACAGCCCUUUUUCUCCACAAGCCCUCGUCAAAUUUUACCCCCAGCUCUCAAGGCGUUGAGUUUGGAUUGCCACCGACGCCGGGUAUCAGCGAUGGCUUCCAACAGCAUAUGCAGAUGUCGGAAAUGCCAGCACCUCAGCAGAUUCCAGGAUUGCCAUCAUCCACACCUACCCAGGACUACUACAGCGCGAAUAGUCAGGGCAGCAUCCAUCAGUCUUCAACUGCAUCUGUUUCUCAAAACGGUGGACAGCCCUCCCUAGACCAGGACAUGCCGCCCUAUGACUUACUAUACGCAUUGGUGGACUUGUACUUUAAGCAUAUCAACACGUGGUGUCCUAUACUACAUCGGAAGACAACCCUCGACUCCCUGUUUGGGCCCUCGACUCUCCAGGAGACGGAUCGAAUACUCUUGCAUGCUAUAGUGGCCACAUCGAUGCGUUACUCCAACGACCCAAGGCUGUCAGAGGAACGACGGAAGCACUAUCACCAGGUCUCCAAGCAGAGGGUCCUACUGUAUGGGAUGGAGAACACGUCGGUCAAAUCGCUCCAGGCUCUGGUCAUCUUGUCGAUAGACCUGGUCGGUAGUAGCAACGGUCCACCAGGGUGGAAUAUCAUGGCACUUAUUACCCGUGGUGUCGUACAGCUGGGCCUUGCCGUCGAGAGCACGUCGUUCAGCGUCUCGCCAAACUAUACGUCCAUAUAUACGCUCCGUGCCAUGGUGCUUCCAGAGCCAAAGGAUUUCAUUGAGGAUGAGUCAAGAAGAAGGCUCUUCUGGAUGAUCUACAUGGUCGAUCGGUUUGCAACAAUCGCUACGGCAUUUGAAUUUGCCUUGGACGAUAAGGAGAUUGACAGAACACUGCCCUGCCGUGACGACCUCUGGAUCAAGAACCAGAAGGUCGAGACAAAGUGGUACAAGAGUCGAGAUUACCACGAUGACUCUCCAGAAUAUGGUGUCAACAAGCCUGAAAACAUCGGCGCCUUUGGGUUCCACUGCGAGGUCCUCAACAUUGUGGGCCAAAUACACGACUUCCUCAAGCGGCCUGUCGAUAUAAGCGCACUGAGCGAUGUGGAGCAGUGGCAGCUCAGGUACAAAGAGCUCGAUAAUAUGCUUAUGUCGUACAAGUUCUCGCUCCCCAACGAGUAUGGGAACAUGGCCAAGCUCUUCCAGCCCGGUAGUAAAGGCCUGAGCUGUGGGUGGGUCAUGCUCCAUGCGACAUACCAUCUUGCCGUUAUUCGGCUGCACUCGUCGGCAGCUUACCCCACGACGCGAUCGCCCAUCUUCACACCCUCAUACAGCGCUUCCCAGAGAUGCCAUAGCGCAGUGGAGAACAUUGCGGCCCUUGGAGAGUUUGUUGUGAAUAAUGGACUCCUAGAUAAGCUGGGACCACCGUUUGCAUUUACACUGUGGGUGGCCGCACGCUUGCUACUGGUGCAUGGAUCUACGGUGGAGCGCAAGCUGUCGCCGCAGCUCAGAUUUUUCGUCGACACGUUGCGAGAGAUGGGGCGGCACUGGCCCGUAGCAGCCAGGUACUCAGACCUCCUCUCACGGGUUCUCGACGAGCACCGAGAGAGUGAGCGACAAGGCGAUGGCGUGACACCAAGCUCGGUAAAGAUCCUUUCGGACAUGCGGCGAACGGCUUUCGACCUGGACCUUUUGAUCUCUCGGCAGCCGAAGCAGGGCGGCGCCAAUCCCAGUCGGCUUCCAAGCGUCACACCGGCUCGGACGCCCGCCCCCAACGAGCUGGAGUACCUGGACGUGUUUGACUUCUUCAAUGUGCCCCGCCUACCGCUCGGCGGUGAGGCCACGGGUGGCACGGGCAACCAGACACCAGCCCCCGGAGCGGAUAUGGACGCAGAUGAGCAAACUACGGGAUCGCAGGCAGGAGCGAUAAACGAGUUCAAUAUUACCAACUUUAUGGUUGAUGCCAACAGCGACUGGCUUUUCAAGCAAGAAGGUGGAAAGUUCAUGAAUCAGGGAUGA